AUGAUGCGAUGCUGGCUUCUCCUUUGCUUGACCCUGGGCGGCCACGGUGCUUCACGAAGCUAUCGCGAAGGCACCGUCGACAUGAGCGAGGUGCUGCACUACGAGGCGGACGAGGUGGGUGCGGUUUGUGACCAGACCUUGCUUCAGCACAUCAACUGUGACAACAAACUGUGGGACGACCUGUUGGCCCAGCUUUGCCGUCAUUGCUCCCGCAGUGGCUGCGUGAGCGAUCCGGAGUUGGAGCAGGUCGCCCGCAUGGCUUUUCGGCUCUACAUCACUAUGGUGGAGAGGGGACAGGAGAACCUGGACACCUUCGCCUGCAAGCACGGUCUCUUUGCCGCCCUCCUCUUCCAUUCGGAGUCUUGCGUCCGCCCGAAACGAUUCAGUUUCAAGUCAGCAUGGAGGAGAUCCAGUCUACACCCGCCAUCAUGGCUCGUCGUCCAGGAGCUCUACCUCAGGAAGUACGAGGUCCCUCUGGCCCUUGUGGAAACAGACCGCUUGGAGGUCACUGAUGCGUCGGGGUUUCCAGUCAGCAUUCUGACAGAUGACUCUGGCGGGCGCAUCCUCGAAACGGUGCACAAGGUCUCGGAUGGUGGUCCCGCCUUCCCCCUGAAUGUUCGUUACGUCCCGGCCGGGAGUGAGCGCGAGUUCCUGAAUGUGAAGCGGCACAUGUCCCUUCGAACAGGUGAAGGCAGGACUUCGAUCGUCACCAUGGACAUCGACAUGCCAGUGAUGAGCUUGUCGCCAUUUCCCUUCCACACCGCAAAGCUCAAGUCCUUGCGCUUUGUCGGCCAGGAUGAGUAUGCCCGUUUCGUGACGGACCUUUCGGGCCGCCUGGCAGAUGCUGGCAUCUUCCACUUGGUCGUUGACGGCGACUACACGCUGAGAUACUGGGAGGCCGUGCACGCGCCUCUCCGUGAGGAGAACUACCUGACCAAGCUCGGCCUUUCUCUGCGAGACCUUGAGGACGCCGCGGUGCUCCAGCGUUUUUCCAUUUUCGCACCGUUGGAACAGCGCCAUAAGGUUGUGGAGCUGCUGGGAAAUCAGAUGCCGCCGUUGGGUAGCCGAGCUGACCGUGGAGCUAUGCCCAUUGAGCGACGUCUCGUGGAGCUGGAGCUUGGCCACAUCCAGUAUGGAGAGCAGCCGUUUGCUUUCGCUGAAGGGCUCAACUUUCGCGCCUUCUGCAGCCAUUGCCUGUGGGUGAGUGUCUACUUCUACGUCACGGAAUCCCCGGGUGCCAGUGUUGGACCCGGCAUGUCGGUCCUGCCAUUGGCCUUCUGGGUGCCCUGCAGGCUGUCCGCCUCCGAGCUGCUCCCGGCGACCCACGAACCCUUGGAGCAAGGGCUAGCACUUGUCCCGCGCCCCCCAGCCCGAGGCCGCGAGAUGGCGAGAGCGCGGUGGGACUCUGAAGUGGACCCUCUGCACGACGCUUCGCAGAAGGAGAGUCCGAGGCCGAACAUCUACGUCGGCACAUGUCGGCAGUCCCUGCAGCGAGCGUUGGCGGUGGCGCCAUUUGCUGCACCCACGCCAUCACUGCCUUGGCCGGUGAGGGAGCUGCUGCCGAUGCACGACAUGUCGGACACCUUUCAGCUGAGCUUCCAGAACAGCCUGGAGUUCAUCAUGGGCUUUCGGCAAGCCCACCAGGGCCACGGGCUGGAGCGCUAUCAAGACAAAAUCGAGCUCACGGAGGUAUUCCGACAGCGGAAGCUGCCCGUCCCGCGGACAUUCUACGCUGCGUAUGGUAUGGACUUUGACGUCCGUCCCACGAUAGAGGCUUUGGACAGAAGAGGCCGCAGUUAUGUGGCCAAGGCUUCUCAUCUUUGCUGCUCGCGCGGGGUCUUCGUCAUGGAUGGAGGCAUCGAUCGGUUGACCAACACCUCGGUGAGCCCCGAUGAGAUUCAGCAGCAGCUGGAGGAAGCCGCCCGGACGCCUUUCACCACAGCCGAGAUCGACCCUCGCUGCGGCGACUGGGGCACCGUGCAAGCGGGGCGCAGGCCGGGAGUACUCAUCGAGGAGCUCCUGGUACCCUCCCUCCCCUUGCACAGCCUCUUGGCCCAGACUGAAGCCGAAGACUGGGUUGCGCCCGACAGCUUGGCUUGUCAUCUCGUGUGGUCGGUGCUCUUCAUGUGCAGCUGGGAGAUUAAGGUUCGCCUGCCAACUGGAGAGAAGAAAGCAGUGCCCCUGGGCGAAGUCUUCCGCGACGGCUCGUGCCUGCGAUGUAAGGUGCCGCUGCCGCUGCAGGACUGGCAAUCCACGGUGGCACUGCUGGAGACAAUGCUGCCACACACCGACUACGUACGGAUCUCGGUGUUUAUGAAGGAGGGAUGGCCCGUCAUCAACGAGGUAGAGUACACCACCGGAGGGCUAGAAGUGAUCUACAUUCCUCUGGCGCGCGAGUGGACCAUGCGUUGGCUCGAAGGCUACUACAGGUUCCUCACCUGA